AUGGUUGGCGAUUCACUCGAAGAGGAUGAAGUGCGUGAUGAGGUCGAGCAGCAGCUCGCUCAUACCUCUUUCAAGUGCUCCUCGCUCAGCCGGUUGUCUGGUGGCACCGCGAAUUUUGUCUACCGAGGCACUCCUCUCUCUGGAGAUCCAGAGUCCAUAAUCAUCAAACAUACCAAGAACUAUUUGUCCUCCAACGCUAACUUCAAGCUUGAUGCUGAGAGAUGUCACUUUGAAGGAGCCAUUCUCAAAGCACUUGAUGGUUUCGAGUCCCACGACUCAUCAGAGAGAAUCACUGUCAAGACGCCUCGGCUCUUCCAUUUCAACAAGGAGACGAACACUCAGAUCCUUGAAGAUUUACCAGACUCUAUCGAUCUGAAACACUUUCUCAUCUCGGAUGUCUCUGGAGACAUGUCAAAGGCCUCAGCACGAGCUCUGGGCCAUAGUCUCGGAUCCUGGCUGCGAGCUUUCCAUGGCUGGGCCUCCAAGGCUGAACGGGCAGGAACCAAAGAGAUUCUCAGCAAAAACCAAGCGCUGAAAGACCUGAAGUUCUACAUCAACUACACCUGGCUUUUGGAUACCAUCGGCAAUUAUCCAGCCAUUUUAGAAGACAGCCGCGAAAUUUUCGAGAAAGUUCGCGAUUUUGCGGCAGAGGAGCUAAAGAAGACUGAAUAUGAUGACGAAUACAACGUAAUCCAUGGAGAUUUCUGGACUGGAAAUGUUCUCAUGCCCAAUAUGCCACUGACCAGCGGCUCAAAAACAAAGCUGCUCGUCAUUGACUGGGAAAUGGCUCAGAUUGGCAGUCGGGCUUUGGAUUUGGGCCAGAUGAUUGCCGAAACAUACGAAACCAAGCUAUUCAAAAACGCCGAACAUGGAGUGUCGGUAAUCGAGGGCUUCAUGGACGGAUAUGGACCUCUGAGUGAUAAGAUGGCAUUCCGAACAACUAUCCAAGUCGGUGCUCACCUGGUCUGUUUUGGAAGUCGAGUUGCUGGAUGGGGUAGUCCAGAGCAAGUCGAGGAGGUUGUGAAGGUUGGAAGAGAUCUGAUAGUACAGGCAUGGAAGGAAAACAAGUCUUGGUUUGAGGGACAUGCCCUGGGGUGUUUGUUUCAAUGGUAA